CAUCACUGGCUGAACCCCUCACGUAGUUGCUCGUCUCCUUUCCGUUCGACCCGAACCCUCACAUCAUUCCAGAGUCUCUCCCUCUCAAUUCAAGUGAUGAAUCAUCUACGAAAUACUGCCCCCAAUGGUUCUCACUUGGUUAAUUACUGGCUGUACCAGUGGCUUUGGUGAGCUUUUUGUUCGUCAGCUCCGAGCAGCAGGCGACAAUGUCAUUGCAACUGGCCGUAACGCACACAGUAGGCUGGCUCAUCUGAAAGACAUUGGGGCAGCCGUUGUGGAUUUGGACGUUACUUUGCCUGCCGACAUCAUUCAAUUUAAAAUCGACGAGGCUUGGGGAGCGUACCCUGGUGGCAUCGAUGUCGUUGUUAAUAACGCUGGUUAUAUUCGCAGCGGCGCUGUUGAGGAACUAACCCAAGAAGACUUCGAAAGUUCUAUGAGGACUAACUUCCAUGGGCCCAUGAACAUUACCCGUGCUAUUUUACCCAAGCUCCGUGUGAAGGGUAAGGGGACGCUCCUCUACAUUAGCUCCCAGGCUGCAUGGCAUGGUGACCCCAGCGCUGCCGCCUACUGCUCUAGCAAGUUCGCCCUUGAAGGGGCACUUGAGUGCCUGGCAAAAGAGCUUGCCAUUUUUGCUCCAGGCCUUCGGGUCUUGAUUGUGGAGCCAGGCUACUUUCGCACCAAGGCUUUCGAAAACAUCCUUCAUGUCGAGCCUCAUGCUCCUGAUUAUGCACAAUUCAAUACAGCUGUGCGGCAGGUCGAGGCCGCCACCGUUGGCAACGAGCCAGGCGACUCAGAGAAGGGCGUGGCACGCAUGAUCGACCUAGUAAAGGGUACGGGCGCUGCAGCAGGUCGGACAGUGCCGCUACGAGUGCCUCUAGGUUCGGAUAGCUGGGGUAGAAUCAAGGCCAAGUGCGAGGAGACGAUCAAGAUUUGCAAUGAAUGGGAAGAGCUAGCAAAAAGCACUGAUGUUUCAUCUACAGAUUAAUAGACUGCCUGCAUCAGGAGAUAGAUAGCUAGCUGGUAAAUGCUUACUCAGGCAAUUACCGUACAUUCACCACCAUUGAGCUCAUUUUCCUAAUAUGUCGUUCGUCAAAUUUUGGAGACGGACAAAAUUGCAAAAGCCAUGGAAGAGAAAAAUAUAUUUAAAAUGCAACUCUUAGAUAUUGAUGCCUUCAACUUCGACGCAC